AUUUAUUCACAACAUCUAAACAAGAUCAUAUAUAUUAAAUAUAACUCCACAAAAACAGCACCUUAACUGUUUCCCAACUCUAAUCCAUCAAUGGACUACUCCUUUCCAAGGGAGACCUUAUGGAGAACUGCCUCAAAAAUCACCAUUUCAGCGCACCUGUUUGGUAUCUUAGCAAACAUCCUUAUGCUUAUUUGGUUGUUGCACUAUCGUGAAGGCAUGGACCUUGAUUCAUCCAAUCCAUAUCGUAUAUUCAAUGUCCACCCUUUCCUAAUGUUCUUCGGAUUCAUAUUCCUCAUUGGUGAAGCGAUGAUGGCAUACAAGACAGUUCCAGCAGAUAGGCAAACACAGAAGUUCGUACAUAUGUUCUUGAACCUCUCAGCUCUUGUUUUGGGCAUUGUGGGGAUACAUGCGACAUUUAAGUUCCAUGAUAAGAUGAACAUGCUCGAUAUGUAUAGCUUGCAUUCUUGGAUUGGCAUCGGCACAUUCUGUCUUUUCAUCUUGCAGUGGUUAUUUGGGUUCAGUUUAUUUGUGUUUCCACAAGCAUCAGCUGUGACAAGAGCAAGACUAGCGCCAUGGCACGUGUUUGGAGGAAGAGCUUUGUUAUACAUGGCGAUAUGUGCAGCUGAAACUGGACUGAUGCAGAAAUUCACGUUCUUGCAGCUCACCAACAACCGAGAAAGUUAUUUGAUCAACUUUCUUGCUUUGGCUAUCCUUUUGUUUGGGAUCACAGUUGAUAUUUCUGUCUCUCUUGGUCGUUUUGCUUGAGUGAAUAUUGAAGGGUGUGAUAAUUUUUAAUUUGAUUUUCGGGUUUGUUAAAGGAAUUUCAUUUGUAUUAAAGAUUUAUUGGUUGGUUUUGUGUUCCAUGACUUCCUUUGUUGUUAAUAUCGUUUUUACAAUCAUUUGUACCUUAGCUCCAAUCCAACCAACUAUCCAAGUCCCAAAAGAGGGAGGUACGAUAUAUAUGUAGGAAACCUCUACUCAAGGAUAAUGAGAUUGAUUUCAUUGAUGAUUUGAC